AUGUCGGACGUCGUUCUUAACCCGACUAUCCAAGAUGCACAGCUUCUAGUGCCAAAGCUGAUCAUUGCUAGGCCCUACGUUUGGCCCUUUGCUAUUAUCUAUCCUAUCUUUGCACAGAUUUACCUCAACCACUAUGACGAGUACAUUGGUGGAUCAGAGUGGACUUUCGUCUACUUGAUCACCAUCUGCUCUUUGAAUGCUUUGUUCUGGCUUAUGCCUCACUGGAACAUUGAUGUUGAGGCUAGAUUCAACUAUGUUCCUGUCAAGACCAUUGAGGAAGCAAGCCACAUCAAGAUCACCCCCAUAGUGAAUGCUGGUAUUGGUGAAAUGUGCCCCAUCAAGAGGGAGCAGUUCGCUGACGGUGAGAAACAGGUGUCUUUUUUGUAUCAAAAAAGACGCCACUUGUUCCACGAGAAGACAGGUAAGUUUUCUCCUCCUGAGUUUAAGGUUGAUGAGUUGCCAAAGCUUGAGUACUUCCAGACCUCUAAGGGUUUGCAAGGUGACUUGGAAAAGCUGAAGCGUAACUUUGGUAAAAAUAAGUUUGACAUUCCUGUGCCCACCUUCUUGGAAUUGUUCAAGGAGCAUGCUGUUGCCCCAUUCUUCGUUUUCCAGUUGUUCAGUGUUGCAUUGUGGUUGAUGGAUGAACAGUGGUAUUACUCCUUGUUCUCUUUGUUCAUGUUGGUCUCCUUCGAGAUGACCACUGUGUUCCAAAGAAGAACUACCAUGAACGAGUUCCAGAGUAUGGGAAUCAAGCCUUAUGCUAUCUACGCCUACAGAAACUCCGAGUGGGUUGAAUUGCAGACCGACGAAUUAUUGCCAGGUGAUAUUGUAUCGAUCACCAGAACCAACGAGGACAGUGCCAUUCCAUGUGACUUGUUGUUGCUUGAUGGCUCUGCUAUUGUUAACGAGGCCAUGUUGUCUGGUGAAUCUACCCCAUUGUUGAAGGAAUCUAUCAAAUUGAGACCAAGCGAUGAGUUCUUCCAGCCAGAAGGUUUGGACAAGAACAGUUUGUUGCAUGGUGGUACUAUGGCUUUGCAAGUUACAAAGCCAGAAAAAUCCAUCAUUCCUGAGGCCCCUGAUGCCGGUGCUUUGGCUUAUGUUUGCAAGACUGGUUUCGAAACUUCUCAGGGUUCGUUGGUUAGAAUGAUGAUUUUCUCAAGUGAGAGAGUCUCUGUCGGUAAUAAGGAAGCUUUCAUGUUCAUUUUGUUUUUGUUGGUGUUCGCCAUCGCCGCUUCUUGGUAUGUUUGGGUUGAAGGAAGUAAGAUGGGAAGAAUCCAGUCGAAGUUGAUUUUGGACUGUAUCAUUGUGAUCACCUCUGUUGUUCCACCCGAGUUGCCUAUGGAAUUGACAAUGGCUGUUAACACUUCGUUGUCUAGUUUGCAGAAGCAUUUCAUCUACUGUACUGAACCUUUCCGUAUCCCAUUGGCAGGCAGAAUUGACGUUUGUUGUUUCGAUAAGACUGGUACUUUGACUGCUGAGGACUUGGUGUUCGAAGGUUUAGCUGGUUUUGAUAAAGAUGAGACUCACAAGCUUCGUACUUGUGAAGAUGCUCCACAGACUACCUCUUGGGUUUUGGGAUCCGCCCAUGCUCUUGUUAAGUUAGAUGAUGGUGACGUUGUCGGUGACCCUAUGGAGCAGGCUACCUUGAAGGCUGCCAAUUGGACUGUUGGAUUGAAGGAUUCUGUCGAAAGAGCUACCGCCAAGGGUAAGUCUGAGAAGAUCAAGAUUUUGCGCCGUUUCCAGUUUUCUUCUGCUUUGAAGAGAUCUUCUGCUAUCACCUCUAUCAACACUUUGCCAGGUAAGAAUUUCGUCGCUGUCAAGGGUGCCCCUGAAACUAUCCGCCACAUGUUGGUUGACGCUCCUGAGAAGUACGAAGAUAUCUUUAAGUCUUUCACUAGAGCUGGUUCCCGUGUUUUGGCAUUAGGUUACAAGGAGUUGGACACUAGCGUCAACGUUGUUAAGGUUAAGAGAACCGAUGUUGAGUCUAAGUUGAAUUUCGCUGGUUUUAUUGUUUUCCACUGUCCAUUGAAGCCUGAUGCUAUUGAAACGAUCCACAUGUUGAAUGAGUCUUCCCAUCGCUCUGUUAUGAUCACUGGUGAUAACCCCUUGACUGCUUGUCACGUCGCUAAGGAGGUGGCUAUUGUCGAGAAGGAAGUUUUGAUCUUAGAUUUCCCAGAAGAGCACCACGAAGUCUCUGAGGGUGAAGUGUUAGUUUGGAGAAAUGUUGAAGAAACCAAGGUCAUCCCAUUCAAGAGCGGUGAUGCUAUUGAUCUCGAAUUGUUUAGAAAGCAUGACAUCUGUCUUACUGGCCAUGCCUUGACUCACCUUACUGAACAUCCUCAAAUCUUGGAUAUCUUGAAGCGUACUUGGGUAUAUGCGAGAGUUUCUCCUGCUCAAAAAGAAUUUAUUUUGACUACUUUGAAAGAUGCCGGUUACAGCACCUUGAUGUGUGGUGACGGUACUAACGAUGUCGGUGCUUUGAAGCAGGCUCAUAUUGGUGUCGCUUUGCUUAACGGUACUGAAGAAGGUAUGAAAAAGAUUGCAGAGAACAGAAAGAUUGCUGCUACUAAGACUAUCUACGAGAAGCAGGCUCAGCUCAUGGCCAACUGGAACAGACCACCACCACCUGUGCCUGCCCUCAUUGCCCACUUGUACCCACCGGGUUCUCUUAACCCUCACUACCUCACCACUUUAGAAAAAAGAGGUGUUGAGAUCACUCCUGAGAUUAGACAGAAGGUCGCUCUUGCCAACCAAUCCAAUGCUCAACCAAUCGAAUUUGUUAAGGAUGAGACUGGAAAGGUUGCUGCCAGCAAAAUGGCUGACAACCUUCUUACUUCUAUGAGCGGUUUGGAACCAGAGGACGAUGAAGUUCCUACUUUGAAAUUGGGUGAUGCUUCUGUUGCUGCUCCAUUUACGUCUAAGUUGGCUAGUGUUUCUACUGUCACCAACAUCAUUCGCCAGGGUCGUUGUGCUUUGGUCUCUACCAUUCAAAUGUACAAGAUUUUGGCCUUGAACUGUUUGAUUUCUGCAUACUCCUUGUCCGUUUUGUUUUUGUCUGGAAUGAAGUUCGGUGAUGCCCAAUCCACCAUCUCUGGUAUUUUGUUGUCCGUCUGUUUCUUGAGUAUUUCCCGUGGAAAGCCUCUCCAGAAGUUGAGUAAGGAGAGACCUCAAGACGGUAUUUUCAACAUCUACAUCAUGGGUUCUAUUUUGGGUCAAUUCGCUAUUCACAUUGCUACCUUGAUUUACAUCACCCAAGAGAUUUACGCCUUGGAGCCAAGAGAACCUAAGGUUGAUUUGGAAAAGACCUUCGAGCCAUCCUUGUUGAACACAGGUAUGUUCUUGCUUCAAUUGGCCCAGCAGGUUUCCACUUUCGCUGUCAACUACAUUGGUUUGCCCUUCAAGGACAGUAUCAAGGAUAACAAGGGUAUGUGGUACGGUCUCUUGGGUGUUGCUGGUUUGACUUUGGCUGGCUCUACCGAAUUCAUGCCUGAGUUGAACGAAGCCAUGCAAUUUGUUCCUAUGGAUGUUGUCUUCAAAACAAAGUUGACCGGCUGCAUUCUUUUGGACUUGGGUGGUACUUGGUUUGUUGAAAUUGUGUUGAAACACUUUUUCAUGAACUCUGCUGCUGCUGACAUUUGCGACAGAGAAUUUUAG